UUCCCCAAACACCGCCGGACUAAAUGCGGAUAUUUACUUAUUCAGUUCGUAUAUAUCGCGCAGAGCAGAGAAACCAAAGAGUGUUUGCAACGAUAUUUGCAAAAAAAUCAUGCAUAUAAUUUGGUUCAUAUUGAUGGGUCUUUUAGCUUCAUGCAAAGCAGACUGCAUCUUCAAUUCAGUCAGUGGCACUUUAAAGUGUAAAAAUGUCGAGUUCAAUAGCAUCACAAGCGAUCACACCAAUAUUAAAGAGAAGAUACGAAAUGGCAUAUUCGAUAAUUGCAAUAUGCGAACUUUGGGCAACGGAAUAUCAUCGUUCAAUAAUAUGCAGGAGUUGAUUGUGACUUGCGGUGUCGAGGAAUUACCAGCAGGUGCAUUUAACGAUCUGACAAAGUUGACGGUGUUGAGUUUAUCGAACAAUAGGCUCACAAAUUUGCCGAGCACCUUUUCACACGGCCUCGGCAAGUUGACUAAACUGGAUUUGUCGAACAACAAACUGCGAAAGUUCAGUACGGAUUCGUUUAAUGAGCUGAAGAACUUGAGGUGUUUGAAUAUGACCAACAAUAGGAUAUCUAAUUUCGAACCAGGCACUCUUGCGCCUCUGGUAAAUUUGGAAGAGCUGCAUUUGGGAAACAACGCCUUCCAAUACAUUUACUACAACGCUUUCUACGGAUUGAAAAACUUGAGAAGUUUAGAUUUGUCCAACAAUUACAUUCCAGAGAUAGUCGAUAGAUUAUUCCAGGAGAACACAAAUCUAGAGAUUUUGGAUUUGAGGGUGAAUUUGAUUAAGAAAUUCGGAAAAAAGUCGUUCGACAGUAACAAACAAUUGAAGGAGUUGGACAUCAGUAAUUGCAAAUUGGAAAGUUUGGAGCUGGGGAUGUUUGAUAAAGCCACCGGAUUGGUGAAGAUCGAUGUGUCCGGAAACAAGAUGUCCACGAUUCCGAAAGGAGUUUUCGAUAAUUUGGCGAAUCUGGAAACUCUGGUGAUGAAUAACAUGGGUUUGAAAAGUAUUCCUGAUGACAUAUUCGAGCAUACAAAGAAGUUGAAGUCGUUGGACGUGUCGCAGAACGAGUUGCAAACGUUGGGGCUGAUUUUCUUCAAUACUAGUGAUUUUGAGUUCCUCAACAUUUCUCGCAAUCAAGUGCACGGCUUCCCCAUCAAGAUUUUCCAGUGGUGCAACUUGAAGACCAUCGAUUUAUCGUACAAUCAGUUAGAGACCAUCGAACCGGACUUGCUGAACAUGGAGGAACUGGAAAAGGUGUACGCGCGCGGUAACAAGAUUUACUACUUGGACGCUAUGACGUUUGCCACCUGCGGAAACCCGCUUAAAUACUUGGAUAUCAGGGAUAACCGUAUGGCAUUCAUCGAAGAAAUCUUUUUCGAGUGGGUUGCAAAUUUGGAAAUAUUAGAAUUUAGCGGAAACCCGUGGGAUUGUAAAUGCGUCGACGAUCUAAUUAAACUAAUGAAACGUAGGUACAUCGAAUAUACCAGAGACGAGUACUUCGAUGGCAAGAAAAGUCUUUGCGUGGCGUUGAAUCCAUUCAAGUGCAGCGUGGAUAUGAAAGAAGUGAAGAAAUAUUACGAGGAGUACCAGAGAAUCAACAACAUGGUUGCACACACAGCGGUAGAAGCGCAAGCACGCAAGAACCAGUUUUCAAAAAUGCUGUCCAUUCUGCUCUUAAUGAGCAUUCUUUUGGCAAAGUCGGAUUGCGCUUGUGAAUACUAUAGCGAGAAUGGCAUGCUCACCUGCGAAAAUGUUACCUUGAGCGAAGUGAGUGAACAAUACGGAACAAUCAAGCAUAUAGUGAAGGUGCUGAAUAUCAGGAAUUGCAAUUUAGAGAAGUUCGAGCAAUCUUCGGUCUUGUUCCAAGAUCUGGAGAAGUUGCGGAUGUCCUGCGGCGUUAAGGAAUUGUCAACAGAUAGCUUUUCUCUAUUGCCCAACGUCACUGAAUUAUAUUUAAGCAACAACGAGAUUACUGAAAUCCCCAACGAUGUAUAUUUUCCGAUGAAGAAUUUAACUUACCUAGAUUUAUCAUACAAUAAUUUGGGGAAUCCCAAUGUGGACACGUUGUACUAUCUAACGCAAUUGAAAGAUAUUCGGUUGUCUUUCAACAAAAUCGCAGACAUCGCUCUGGGAGUGCUGGAUGUCAUAAAGAACGUAGAGAAUCUUUAUUUGAAUGGAAACGCCUUGUACAUCAUACGCCUAGGCGUCCUGGAUGAACUAAACAAGUUAAAGAUUAUCGAUCUUUCAGAAAAUUACAUCUCGCAUAUCCCGCUUGGAUUGUUCGCGCAGAGCAAAUCGUUGGAAAGAAUCUACCUGAAUAACAACCUAAUUUCUUCGCUGCGACUCGGCCUCUUCGACGAGAACGUCGAACUACAAGAUUUAGAUUUGAGCUUCUGCAAGAUAUCCAAGUUGAAUCUGGGCAUCUUCGAUCCGAUUAUCAAGUUAAUUAAGCUCAACCUCUCCGGCAAUAAAUUACGACACAUACCUUUGGGCAUUUUCGACAAGCUGAUAAAUAUAGAAGAACUGCUGAUGUCCGGAACGAAUAUCUCCAACAUUCCGCGUGGACUAUUUGAUAAAAACAAAAAUUUGAAGUACAUGGAUCUGUCUAACAACAAGAUCGUUUCUCUAGAUGACGUGUUGUUCAACGAACUAGUAAAUCUUGAAUACCUGAACAUCUCACACAAUCAAUUGGAUAAUUUACCGUCGGAGGCAUUUGUCAACAGCAAAUUGAAGAUUGUCGAUUUAUCCUUCAAUCAGCUGGAAUUCAUACAGACCGAUCUGCUGAAUGUUGGCAGUCUGGAAACGGUAUACGCACAAAACAACAAAAUACAUUAUUUGCACAGCCUAACUUUUGGGGAGAAUAUAAACUCUCUUAGGCAACUAGACAUCAGAAAUAAUAAUCUAAUCUACCUGGACAAAGGGUUCUUCAAUUCCGUUGUAAUCUUAAAGAUCUUCGAGUUCACCGGAAACCCCUGGGACUGCCACUGUCUGAAGAGGUUGCUUCAGGACAUUAAGAAACAUUACAUCCGGUUCACAGUGGACGAAUAUUUCAACGGGACAAAGGCGAUCUGCGUCAAUUACGGCGUCGCUAACUGCACAUUCUCGCCGAAAGAUACCAAGAAGUAUUACGCACAGUAUGAAAGCAUCAUUUCUGAUAUAAACAAAACUUCUAUUGUUUAAAAGUAACGCAAAUAACAUAAUUAUAGCUUAUUUCUAAUGUAUUACUACUCUCUACAUCGUGGCCACCU